GAUAAGGCUGUUGCCAUGGUGAUGAAGGAGAUACCGAGGGAGGAGUCGGCCGAGGAAAAGCCCCUCCUUACUAUCAAAUCACAGGUGGGCAGAAUGCUGGUGAACGAGCAACAAGAAAGCAGACCGCUUCUGAGCCCCUCCAUUGAUGACUUCCUUUGCGAAACCAAAUCAGAAGCCAUUGCACGACCCGUGACAUCCAAUACAGCAGUUUUGUCAACAGGGUUGGAUCUCUUGGAUCUGAAUGAACCUGUUUCCCAAACCCAAAGCAAAGCGAAAAAGCUGGAAAACUCCACAAGAGGGGAAAGCUUAAAGGCUUCAGCCCACAGAAAGAAGGCAGACAACCCAGACCUUAUCAGCGUGGAUGCUGAGCAGAAAAUCCACCCUAUCAGAGGACCUGAGAAGUCAGCACUGGAUUUAGUUAAUAUUCAGGCCCAGCUGGAAAAAUGGGAUGAUGUCAAGUUCCGUGGAGACAGAAGCAGCAAGGGCUUCCCAGCACCUGAGAGAAAAUCAUCGUCCUCUAGAGCGCCAUCAAAAGAAUUUUUAUGGUCUGCAGAGAACAGAUCCCAGGUGGAGCUGGGCAGCACCAAAACUGCACUGGAAUCUGAUCCAGCUUCAGAUAUAGAAUUAGCACCUGCAUCAAAGGCGCGAUCUACCAAAGAGCAACGUUGGGGCAGUGCUCUCCUCACACGAAAUCAUUCCUUGGAGGAAGAAUUUGAAAGAGCCAAAGCUGCUGUUGAGUCAGACACAGAGUUUUGGGAUAAGAUGCAAGCAGAAUGGGAAGAAAUGGCGCGCAGAAACUGGAUUUCCGAAAGCCAAGAAGCACAAGGCCAAGCAACGGUCUCCAUUAAUGAGAAGGGCUAUUAUUUCCACACAGAAAACCCUUUCAAAGACUGGCCUGGUGCUUUCGAGGAAGGACUGAAAAAGCUGAAGGAGGGGAACUUGCCCCUCACCAUCCUCUACCUGGAAGCCGCUAUUCUCCAAGAUCCUCAUGAUGCCGAGGCUUGGCAGUUUCUCGGGAUAACACAAGCAGAGAAUGAAAAUGAGCAGGGAGCCAUUGUCGCCCUCCAAAGGUGCUUAGAGCUUCAGCCAAACAACUUGAAGGCUUUGAUGGCCUUGGCUGUCAGCUUCACAAACACUGGCCAUCAGCAGGAGGCCUACGGAGCCCUGAGGAGCUGGAUCAUGCAGAAUCCCAAAUACAAGUACGAUGUGCGGAGCAAGAAAGGAUCCCCGGCCCUUACCAGGAGAACGUCCAAGACCACAGACGAAAGUUCGUUGCUGGAAGAGGUGAAGGAACUAUAUCUGGAAGGAGCUCACCAGAAUGGUGAGAUGAUAGACCCGGACCUGCAAACAGGGCUAGGUGUGCUCUUCCACCUGAGCGGGGAAUUCAACAGAGCCAUAGAUGCAUUCAGUGCUGCCCUCACUGUAAGGCCAGAGGAUUAUUCAUUGUGGAACCGUCUAGGUGCAACUUUAGCAAAUGGGGAUCGAAGUGAGGAAGCUGUUGAAGCCUACACCAGAGCUUUGGAGAUCCAGCCGGGCUUCAUCAGGUCCAGGUACAACCUAGGAAUAAGCUGCAUCAACCUAGGAGCAUACAGAGAGGCAGUCAGCAAUUUCCUCACCGCUCUCAAUUUGCAAAGAAAGAGUCGAAAUCAGCAACACAUUCCCCACCCUGCAAUUUCAGGGAAUAUCUGGGCAGCUCUUCGGAUUGCUUUGUCUAUGAUGGACCAGCCAGAACUUUUUCAAGCUGCUAAUGUAGGUGACCUGGAUGUUCUGCUAAAAGCUUUCAGCAUUGAGCCCUAAACCACACACGCAUGCUUUCUUCCUCACUUGCAUAGACUUAUGCGCAUACACACAAGCCUUCCAAAAAAAGGAAACCAUCUCAUUCAUUCUAUACAGGAAUAGAAAUAUCUUUAACUUCCCGAUUUCAACAGAGACAACUUGGACACUUUCCAGCCGAAAAGGUUCUGUGGAAUUCCACUCAACCUGCAGAAGAGAAGUUAAAAAGCACAACACUGUGUAAAUAUUGCUUUGCUCAAAUAUUCACAAUAGAUUCCAGGGAAUAACAGCUACCAACCCGCACAUGGACGUUGGAUGAAAUCACCUCCCUUGACUGUUCCUUGGGACGCGUGCCUGUGCAAAGAACACGUUACAUAUGGCGAAGAGCAGACAAGUGUCUGGCAACAU